AUGGAAACGAAUCAAAAUUCGGAAAAUAUUCAAGCAGGUGAAUCGAGUGGAGCUGUUGUUUUAAAUACGAAUGCAAAAGUACUCGAAGUUGGUGGUUUUCCUUGCUUCGACCCCAAGGGAGAUCCAAAUACACUAUCAAUUCGCUGGAGAAGAUGGAAACGCGCUUUCAACCUGUAUAUGGUGUCAAAAGGAGUUACAAAUGAACAGCAAAAAGUUGCUUUGCUAUUACACUCCGGAGGAAUGGAAUUACAAGAACUGUAUUAUACUUUAAAGCCAGAUAGUGAAGAUAACAAUCUUCAGGAAUGUUUGAACGCUUUAGAUGCAUAUUUUACACCUAAAGUAAAUGUGGCUUUUGAAAGACAUAUGUUUCGACAAAUGCAGCAAAAAGAGAAUGAAACCAUAGAUCAGUUUGUUUGUCGACUUCGACAAAAGUCUAUUUCAUGCGAGUUUACCAAUGUAGAUGAAGCAAUUCGUGAUCAAAUUAUUGAAAAAUGCAGAGACCCAAAGCUUCGUCGAAAGUUUCUUGAAAAGACAGGUACAGUAACUUUAUCUGUGCUUCAAGACACGGCUAGAGUUCACGAAACUGUAAACACACAAAUGCAAUCUAUGGAUAGAUUAGGUACAAAUCAAGUACAUGGAAUAUUCCAAGGUAAUCGAAGGGAGAAAGGAAAGUAUGGUGCCAAAUCUGAUGACCGUGCAUCUGAUGGAAAACAUAAAGAGGGUAGGAAAUGUUAUCGAUGCAAUAUGACAGGACACAUCGGACGAGAUAAAAGCUGUCCUGCAAUAAGUAAAACAUGUAAAAAGUGUGGAUUGGUGGGUCAUUUUGCAGUUUGUUGUCGUACUAAAGCCCCAAAGAAACCCUCAAAUGGAAAACAACGUCAAGAUGGAGCUUAUCAAGUAGAGGAAGAGAAACAGAAACCAGAAACGGACAAUUAUGCUUUUGUAGUUAAACCUGCUGGUGAAAAGACAGGUGGAGUUGUUGAUCUUAUCAUUGGAGGUGUGGAGUUAAAUAAUGUCCUUAUCGAUUCUGGAGCUUCCUGCAAUAUAAUGGAUCGAGCAACAUGGGAAAAUCUGAAACAAAAAGGUGUGAAGUGUGAAUCUCAGAAAAGCGAAAAGAAAUUGUUCGCAUAUGGACAAACGGAUUCAAUUGAGGUUUUGGGAACAUUCAAAAGCGAUAUUUUCUGUAAAGAUUCAAGGGUAAGCUGUGUCGAUGAGUUUACCGUAGUUGAAGGUCCAGGAAAAGUUUUACUUGGAAAGAAUACAGCUGAGAAAUUAAAUGUUCUUAGAGUGGGACCUCCACGUUCUCCACAAGUCUACUCGGUUGCAUAUGAAGGCAGUGAUAAAGAUAUUAUGAAUGAUUUUAAAGAAAUUUUCUCAGGAGUGGGAAAACUAAAGGAUUUCCAGAUGAAAUUGCACAUUAAAGAUGAUGUGAAACCAGUAGCACAACCAGUAAGAAGAUUACCGUUUGGUCUCAGAGCAAAAGUGGACAAAAAGCUUAAUGAGUUAUUAGAAGAAGAUAUUAUUGAAGAAGUACCAACUGGCCCUACCGGUUGGAUAUCACCUCUUGUUGUCGUACCAAAACCGGACGGUGAUAUUCGUAUUUGUGUCGAUAUGAGGCGAGCGAACGAAGCUAUUGAAAGGGAGCGUCAUCCAAUCCCCACUAUAGAGGAAGUCUUAUACGAGUUAAAUGGAUCAACAGUCUACAGUAAAUUAGAUUUGAAAUGGGGAUUUCAUCAAGUCGAGCUUGAAGAGUCAUCGCGUCGUAUCACCACAUUUGUAACGCAUAGUGGACUAUAUAGAUACAAGAGGUUGAUGUUUGGAAUAACCUCAGCACCCGAGAUGUACCAGAAGAUAGUCAAGGAUGUAUUGAUUGGUUGCAAAGGAGUUGCCAACAUUGCGGAUGACUUGAUCAUCCAUGGACGGGGAAUUGAAGAGCACGACAAGAAUUUGGUAGCUGUACUUAAUCGUUUACGGGAGUGCGGAUUAACCCUAAAUGCAAACAAGUGUCAGUUUCGACUUCCAAAGUUGACAUUUUUUGGUCAUGAUCUUAGUUGUGAUGGUGUUUCGCCAAAUGAAGAGAAGGUGGCAGCAGUAAGAGAUGCCAAACCCCCAAAGAAUGCUGCAGAAGUUAGAUCUUUCCUAGGCCUAGUGCAGUACUGUGCCAAGUUCCUACCUGAUUUUGCACAAGUGGCAGAGCCAAUCAGAAAAUUAACUAGAAAGAAUCAACAAUUUGAAUGGGGAAAAGCUCAACAACAGUCUUUUUCAACAUUGAAAGAUCUUUUAACUCAGGCCGAAACGCUUGCUUACUUCAAGAACGAUUGUGAAACACGCAUUAUUGCUGAUGCUGGUCCUACAGGGAUUGGAGCGGUUCUCACACAGUUACAGGGUGAUUCAUGGAGAGUAAUUUCGUAUGCAUCUAGGAACCUCACUGACGUCGAAAGGAGGUAUUCCCAAACGGAGAAAGAAGGUCUUGCGUUGGUGUGGGCAUGUGAGAGAUUCAAGUUGUAUGUUUAUGGUCGUAAAUUUGAGCUAGAGACGGACCACAAGCCUUUACAGUAUAUAUACAACACAUCGUCUAAGCCGUCUGCGCGACUCGAAAGAUGGGUUCUUCGGCUACAAGGUUAUCACUUCAAGGUUGUCUAUCGGCCGGGAAAAACUAACAUAGCUGAUGCUUUGUCUAGGUUAAAUUCGAAAGUUCCUAAAGAUCACAGUGGCGAAACUGUGGAUGUUGUUCGAAUUAUCGCGCAAGAAAGUACACCGGUGGCAUUCAAACAGCUAAAGAAGUUGAAAGAGAAUCGGAGAAGGAUCCUGAACUUGUAA